AUGGCCGAUGUCGACAUGACGGAUGCGCCCGGGACCGCGGUCGCCAAGAAGGCCGCUGACGGCGAGACCAAGGCAGUUGAUGGAAAGAAGCGCUUCGAAGUAAAGAAGUGGAACGCCGUUGCACUGUGGGCAUGGGACAUUGUCGUCGACAAUUGCGCCAUCUGCAGGAACCACAUUAUGGAUCUCUGUAUCGAGUGCCAGGCGAAUCAAGCCUCUGCCACGAGUGAAGAGUGCACUGUGGCCUGGGGCAUUUGCAACCACGCAUUCCAUUUCCACUGCAUCUCACGUUGGCUCAAGGCUCGACAAGUCUGCCCGCUGGACAACCGUGACUGGGAGUUCCAGAAGUAUGGACGCUGA